AUGAUUUCUCCAGCAGUAGCCGGGUCGGCCAGAUCGAUCACAUCCUUGUCCUCCCUCACCUCCGCUCUACACAACCUCUCCCUCACCUCGACACGAUCCUUCUCUUCGACAUGUCCCUCUCAAAAGACACGAAUACUUCCCUCCUACAUUCCUCCUUACCCAUACGGCCCUAGGCGCAUCUAUAAGCAAGCCGAUAGCGGACUGUACGGAGGCGCAACCAUCCAAUUCGGCAAUAAAAUCUCCAAAGGUAGAAAUGAAGGGAAGACGAGGAGAACUUGGAAACCAAAUAUUCGCAAAGAGAAGAUUUACAGUGAGGCGCUAGGAAAGUGGCUGGAUCUUAAGGUGCAGCAUCGAGUGCUACGAACAAUUAAGAAAGUCGGUGGCUUGGAUCAAUAUCUACUUGGUGAGAAGCCGGCCAGGAUAAAGGAACUGGGCAUAUUCGGAUGGCAUUUACGAUGGCAAGUCAUGACUUCGAAAGCUAUGAGGGAGCGAUUCGAGAAGGAACGUCAAGAAUUGGGCCUGGGGAAGCCAGAGACAUUUGAGGAAUUCCUCUCGCGAUACACGAUGGAGCAGCAGGUUCAGGCUGCUAUAGAAGACCGAGCGCAGCGAUCGGCCGAGUUGGCAUCGGAACCAAUCAAGGAAUCCCUACCAGAGGCUCACGCAGAGGCUACCCCGAGUCCAACCCUUAAUGUUGCUUGA